AUGUCUGCUACAAAUUCUGAGACUCCAAAGUCAACCAUCUCCAGAGAGGCCAGCACCCAGUCCUCAUCAUCUACAACCAGCCAAGGCUAUGUUUUACCUGAAGGCAAAAUCAUGCCAAACACCGUUUUUGUUGGUGGAAUUGAUGUUAGGAUGGAUGAAGCCGAAAUUAGAAGUUUCUUUGCUAGAUAUGGUUCAGUAAAAGAAGUGAAGAUAAUCACGGAUAGAACUGGUGUAUCCAAAGGCUAUGGAUUUGUUUCAUUUUAUAAUGAUGUGGAUGUGCAGAAGAUAGUAGAAUCACAGAUAAAUUUUCAUGGUAAAAAGCUGAAACUGGGCCCUGCGAUCAGGAAGCAAAAUUUAUGUGCUUAUCAUGUGCAGCCACGUCCUUUGGUUUUUAAUCCUCCUCCUCCACCACAGUUUCAGAGUGUCUGGAGUAAUCCAAAUGCUGAAACUUACGUGCAGCCUUCAACCAUGAUGAAUCCUAUAACUCAGUAUGUUCAGAAAUCUGUGGAUCGAAGCAUACAGACCGUGGUAUCUUGUCUGUUUAAUCCAGAGAACAGACUGAGAAACUCUGUUGUUACUCAAGAUGACUACUUCAAGGAUAAAAGAGUGCAUCAUUUCAGAAGAAGUCGGGCAGUGCUUAAAUCUGUUUGA